UGAAAUUGUAUGUAUCUGUGUUCAUGUUUGAAAUAAUACUCAAUCAUUAGUUUAUUGAUUUGUUCAGUACAGCCAUCACCCUAACCUCAGCAGAAACACAUCCUAGCUGCUGUCGAACUCAACAGAUCGCCCCGACCAGAUAAUGUACGAGAGUAUCAUUCCCUUCCCUGCUGAAUCGGCCAGCACAGUCGACAAGUACUGCUGCUCCCAUUCCACAAGCCUCCCGUCUCUCUUCGCCGAUCACGCAGCAUGGACCGUCGACAAAUUCGAGACCUCGUAUAUGAUGUGCUGUCAGCUCCAGGCACAAAUGUGUGUCUUCAUUGCAAGCGACCGCCGCGCUAGACGUGUGCUGGAGAUCGGAACUUUCACAGGAUACAGCGCGCUAGCAUGGAAGGAGGGGAUGAAGGCAGUAGGCGGGGAGGUAUGGACAUGUGAUGUUGGUCCGCGGGCGAUUGCAGCAAGCAAAGAAGCGUUCGCAAAGUAUGAUCCAGAGGGAAAGAUUCAUCUGGUCGAGGGACCUGCACUACAGACGUUACAAGAAAUCAACGCUCAGCCAUUUGAUAUCAUCUACAUCGACGCCCGGAAGGCCGAGUAUAUCAAUUACGUGGAGACUAUUCUUGAGAGAAAUCUUCUGGCGGAGAAUGGGAUAAUCCUUGCGGAUGAUACGAUCCAUCUCGGGCUAGUGGCAGACAGAUCUCCUACAAACCCGCAUUCGGCCCGGGAGGACAUCGAAUAUAGCCUUCAGCAUGCAGACAAUGUGCACAAGUUCAAUGAAUGGGCAGCCAAGCAUCCUCGGCUCGAAGUUCUCUUGCUUCCCAUCUUCAACGGGUUGACUUUGAUCAAAAUCAAGUCGUAAUACUAAUGGUUCGCCUGAAUCUGAGAAUAUAGUAAAACCUAGUAUUAAGGUACCAAAUACCAUAUUCAACUUAGAUUCAUAUACAAAAUCCCUUAUUGCCUCAUUUUUAGGUAAUUCCUUAUAACUUUAGUUACCCCUUCGCCUUACAAAGUCUAUUAAAACAAGGUCAUUUUUAUUGGAGAUAUUCACUUUGGAAUAAAAAUUCAAG